AUGAAAUUAUCGAAACGGUAUUUUACCAACUUUAUCGAUCAUACGAAAAUUUAUAAACAUCAAACUAUUGAAAAUUGUAUUAAAGUUGUUGGUAUUAACUCAAGAUUUGUUUCUGGUGUAAAGCAUUGUUUGAUAUUUAAAUUUUAUCCAGAAAAAUCUGAAGAUACAAAAUUUUAUUGUUCUUGUAAAAGUGGUGCACGAACAACUAAUCCAUGUGCCCAUGCUUUACGCGCAUUAAUAUUAAUUCAAUUCAUUCAGAAGCAAUUACCCAAUCUCAAACUCGCAAAAACCAAUAUCAAUUAUCGAGAUGCUAUUAAAAUCUAA